AUGGAUAUCAAUGAUCUUGCUGAGAGAGCCGGACGUUUGAGCACGGAGCGCAGCAACCCCUUAUCUUCUGGAGGCAGAGGAGAACGUCCCAAGCUCACUACCAACGCUGGGAGGGGAAUCUCGAUGUUAUUGGGGAAGAUGCUUACCGAGAACAAAGUCGCCUUGGCAAAGGCAGCAGGGGUAGCAAGAUACGCCUGGGGGAAGUAUGGGGAGAUUGGAGUCCAGCCAACCCAAGCUCAGAACCUCUUCAUCUUCACCUUCAAGGAUGCCAAAACACGGGAAAGGGUAUGGCUCGAAAGACCUUGGAGCCUAUCCAAUACAAUGACAGCUCUAGAGAAGUAUGAGGGAAGAGGAGACCCUGAAGCUACGCCAAUGAACAAACUAUCAGUUUGGGUGCAGAUCCAUGGCCUCCACCAAAGCCAAAGAUGUGAACAGAACAUCAUAUCCAUUGGUACCUUCUAUUUCAAUAAAUUCAUUGAUAUGGAUAGGGCUAGUAUCCAUUUCAAUGGAUACAGAAGAUUUGUUAGAAUGUUGGCUGAAGUUGAUCUAUGCUAA